AUGACAACAAUCAAUAAGGAUGCCCUCGUGGAUGCGGCUCGGAAGGCCAUGCAACGAGCCUACUGUCCGUAUAGUAAAUUCCAAGUUGGUGCCGCUUUAUUGACCGAGAAUGGUGUGAUUAUUACUGGUGGUAAUGUCGAAAGUGCGUCAUAUGGCUGUACGAUAUGCGCAGAACGAAGUGCUUUAGUUCGAGCUCUGGCCGAAGGUCAUACGAGCUUCAAAGCUCUAGCCGUUUCAACUGCCAUACCUGAACCAGCAUCGUUGUGCGGUCCUUGUCGACAAAUGCUCAUCGAAUUUGGUGAUAUGCACGUAAUAAUGGCAUCGUCAACAUCUGAAAAACGUGUCGAAAUGAUGCUCAGUGAGCUACUUCCAAUGGCUUUCACACCCAAAACCCUCAACGAGCAUUCGUCCGAAUCGAAGAAAUCAAGCUGA